CCCCCCCCCCCCGCGGAGGCAGAGGCAGAGGCUGGCCCAGGGGCCAGGCCGUGUUCUAGGCCGAGGGCCGAGGGGCUGCAGGGCCUCCACGCCGGAGCUAGGGGCCCCGCACCUUGGUGUCCGGAGCGAUUCGGUGGGUGGAGGCAGGCGCCGCUGCAGCCCGCCAAAAGGUGGAUUGUAAGGGCGCUCCGUGCAGAAAGCUUUCCUACGCCCCCCUCACCAUCCCCGGACCUUGCACUUGCAUAAGCCACAGGUGUCAGAUUCUAGCGCUGCAAGGGUGAAAGGGGUUGCAUACGACACCUAGUUUUGGAAAAGGAGUGCUUGCUACGGGCGCCCUCAGCCACUCUAGAAGGGGAUUGGCCUGGGGAGGGGGUUUGAGGAGCAGUCUGGAAGCACUCGCUUUCCCCUCCUCCCUCACCGAUUUCUCCAGUCCUCAGGAUCUUGCAAACCCUAAGAAAACAAAGAGCCACCUUAGUGGAAGACACAGUAUUCAUGAAAAUGCAGAAUCUUUUCGUUCCUAGAUACCCCGUCCCUCAGGAGGACAGUACCCAAAAGGUUGAGAGCAAGGCCAUUCAUUUAGCCUCAGCAGGACUUGAUGAUGUUUCCCUGCACUGCCUCUCCUUUUUGGAAUCAAGAGUGCUAUAAAAUGAGGGAAAUAAAGGCCACUACCCUUCUCAGAGCUUUCAAUCCAAAAGAGAGGUUCUUUCUGUACUUCUGCUAAUAUUUCUCGAGUGCUCAGUGCCAGGCUGUCUCAGUUAACCCUCUCAACAACCCUGCGAGAGUAUCCUCCUUCCCCAGAGAAGUGAAUUCAUUCAACAAGUAUUUGGGGGCACCUCUUAUAUGUCAGGCACUGUUUUAGGCUGGGCAUGCUAAUCGCUAUAAACAAAGUCGAAACUCUGCUCUUCUGAAACUAUAUGUAGACACUAAUGACCAAAGUAUAUGUAGACACUAAUGACCAAAGAUAGAUGAAGAUAAAUAAAUGUAUAGCAUGUCAGGUGGUUCAGAGAACAGGAAAUCAAAGUAAGGAGAAAAGAGUGAGGGUGUUUCAUUUGGAAUAUCAAGUGGUCGGGAAAACCUUCUCUAAUAAGGUGAAUUUCGAACACAAACCAAAGGAAGCGAGGGAGAGAACCCUGUAGAUAAUUGGAGGUUAAGAAUUUUUGGCAGAGAGACUAGCAAGUACAAAGGUCCUGAAGCAGAAGCUUCUUGAAAGAUUUGGGGUGGGAAAGAAAAACAGACGAAUUCAAGGGUUUUGGCCUGAGCGACUGGAAGGAUGGACUUCCCAUUUGCCGAGAUGGAAAGACUGGAGUGCAGGCCUGCGGGAGAUGGGGAGUUAAGGUUUGAACGUGGCAAGUUUGAGAAGUUUAUGACACAUUCAAGCACAGAUGUCAGAUGGUAAGUAAGACAUGUGAAUCUAAAUUUCCUGGGAGAGUCUGGUUAGAGGUAUAGACGUGGGAGUUGUCAGCAGGCAGGCACUGGGAUGAGACCACCAGAGGAAGGAGGUACAUAAAGAUGGGGUCCCAGGACCACUGUGGAAUGCUCCAGUGAUUCCAGUGUGGAGACUGAGUCACUCCUCAUCAAACACUGCUGAAUGCCACUACAUGCCAGGCACUGUGCCGAGUGCUGGAGAUACAGUUGUGAAGGAUCAAACAUCCAUGCUGUCUUGGACCUACAGUGUAGUCAGGAGACAAAGGGAACGAGUAGGAAAUGAAGCAGUGAGGGGAACAGGGAGCUCAGGUGGGGCAGGUGGCAGCUUUCUAAGGGACGGCAGACAAGCCUUGGGUGAGAAGACAGUUCUGUUCCGGAGAAGAGACUGGCACGGGUGCCCGAAAAAGAGCCCCAGUGAAGUAAGAGAAGAACCAAUAGAAGGUGGUGCCCUGGAGUCCAAGUGACAAAAAUCAAGAUGGAAGAAGCCAUCUGUCAAAGGACAAAGUUGAAGAGCUGACCGCUGUGUUUAGCAUUGGUGACCUUGACGAGAGCUGUUUUGGAGGAGUGGUGGGAAAGAAAGCCCAACUGCAACCAAGAGAUUCCUGCCCACGGUCACAUGGGAGAGGGGUACAACCCAGCCUUGGAGCUAGACCUUCUGAGACCAAGCCAGUUCUCAGACCCAUUUCAAAUGCCACCUCUGCCAGGCAGUACCCAGGUGUUAGGGUCUCCCAUAUUUGUCUUUCGCUCCAUCUUCACAGGUGGGAGGGAGGUGCAGCCACGAGGGAUCAGAAGCGCUGAGCUGCCAGGCUAACUGGCCCAGCGGGCGAAGUCCCCACCGCCAAGGCCCAGCCUGCUAGAGGCAGGUGGCGAUGGCUGUGAGGAGCCCAGGCAGCAGGUGUCUUGGGAGCAGGAGUUCCUGGUGGGGAACAGCCCGGGAGGCAGCGGGCGGGCGCUGUGCAUGGUGUGUGGGGCCGAGAUCCGGGCCCCCUCGGCGGACACGGCGCGCGCCCACAUCCUGGAGCAGCACCCUCACACCCUGGACCUGAGCCCUUCCGAGAAGAGCAACAUCCUGGAGGCCUGGAGUGAGGGGGUGGCCCUUUUGCAAGACUUCAGGGCCGAGCAGCCAUCCCCGCCCCAUUCAGACUCAGGCCAGGAGGUCGAAGUGGACCCAGACUCCGACCCGGACCCUGCCGAAAUGCCAGCAGAGAUUGUCGUUCUCCUCGACUCCGAGGACAACCCCUCCCUCCCUAGAAGGAGCCGGCCCAGGGGACUCCGCCCUCUGGAGCUUCCUGCGGCCCCUGUCCCAGAGCCGGUAAGCAAGAAGCCACGUGGUCAGAGAUGGAAGGAGCCCCCUGGGGAGGAGCCGGUCAGAAAGAAAAGAGGCAGACCCAUGACCAAAACCCUGGACCUGGACCCGGACCCGGACCCAGGUGAAGGCGAGGAAGAUCCCCCCUCACCCGACUCACCCACCGAGACUUUUGCGGCUCCCGCCGAGGUCCGACACUUCACCGACGGCAGCUUCCCCGCUGGCUUCGUCCUCCAGCUCUUCUCCCACACCCAGCUCAGGGCCUCAGACAGCAAGGACUCGCCCAAAGAGGGGAGAGUGGCAGAAAGAGGCCUUCUCCAGCCGGAAAGCCCCUCCCCAGCAGCCAGAGCCCCUGUUGAAAACCCAAGUGGGAUCCUGGCACUGCUCUGCUCAGAGCCCUCCAGCGCCGUCGCUGUCGCACUUCAGAUAAAAGUCAGAGUCCUCGUGGAGACCGGUGGUCCUCAAACCAGGAUCUUCACCUCUUCUGCCCACCAGGGCAUCUGCAUUUGCUCUUCCUCCCGCCAGGAAUGCUGUUCCCCAGCUAGACACGCCGCUGACUCCUCGCUUCCUCUCCCCCUCCGGGGCUUCGCGGGACGCUGGAUCUCCAGGUUAUCCGCGUGCGGCUGGAGGAGCCCCCGGCAGUCAGCCUCCUGCAAGACUGGUCCAAGCAUCCCCAUGGCACCAAGGGUGUGGGAGCAGGUGACAGCCCAGACUGGCCCGCGGUUCUGUCGGAAUCCAGCACCACUGUCGGGGGGCAGCCAGAGGCAGGGAGUGGCCUGUAGGUUCUUGCUUUUUGGGGGGGUGGGAGAGGAGGCAUUGUCCCCCUUCGGCUUAUCACUCAGAGCUGCCCAGCUCGGCCACCUGAUGGAGAGUAAAACCAGGUGCCAAGGCAGGAUGGAGGAGAGGAAGGUGGGCAGCAUCCGCUAUGGCUCGGGGACGCUGGAAAAUGCCUCCCCGAGGUGAGGCGUGAGGCCAGGCCCUGAGGGGGACGGGGGUGCCAAGGGCUGUCGUGCGGUAGGGCAUUGGGCCUAUGGAGAACACCCACCCGAUCCUUUUGCUGACCCAGACCUCUCUGUCCCCUGACCUCCUCCCACCCUCUCAGCCCCCCACCAUUCUCCCUUGGCACAGUGCCUUACGCAAGAGGUGGUCGUGACGGUGUUGAACUGAGUCCCACUACCUCGGGGGACGCCCCUCCUCCCCCACCUGUUUAGGCUCCUAAAUCAGGAGGCCUCCGUUACCUCUUCCUGCUCCAUCCCUGCAGGUGGCUGAAGCAGCCUACCUGGGGGCUCGGUCACUCACACUCUCCUCUUCACCCCUUUUCCUGUUGUAUAUAUCUCCUUUGUUGACAAUAAAUUAUUUUUUUUUAUUAAGA